ACCUUUCGUCUUGAAUGAAUAAAAAUUAAAAUAAUGAAAACAUUGCUCAUUCCGAUGACUCCAUUAAUAUAGACCAAGAUGAAGCAGUCUAAUUAAGCCAAGAAAUUGUAGGAAGAAAGAAAAAUGGACUACGUGAACAUUUUGCUAGGAUUGUUGUUCAUCUGGAUUUUGGUGCUUGGAGUAUUUGUGUCACUUGGAAGAAGCAAACGACUUGCACCAGGUCCAUUCCCUUUGCCCAUCAUUGGAAAUCUUCACUUGCUUGGAGACAAACCCCACAUAUCACUUACUCAACUCGCAAAAAAUUAUGGUCCAAUUAUGAAUCUGAAAUUGGGCCAAAUAAACACAGUAGUAAUUUCCUCCUCAGUCUUGGCUAGAGAAGUUACGCAAAAGCAAGAUUUAGCCUUUUCCAAUAGAUUUGUCCCAGACUCACUUCGUGCUUGCAAUCAUUCUGAUUGUUCUGUUAUUUUUCUACCUGUUAACAGCAACUCUCGCUGGCGAACACUUCGCAAGAUUAUGAACUCUAACAUCUUCUCUAGCAACAAGCUUAAUGCUAAUAAGCAUCUAAGAUCUGAAAAAGUACAGGAGCUGAUUGACUAUUGUCACAAGAGUGGACAAAAUUGUGUAGCAGUGGAUAUUGGCAGAGCAGCUUUUAGAACCUCAUUGAAUUUGUUGUCCAACACCAUUUUCUCUACAGAUUUGACUGACCCGUUUUCUGAUUCUGCUAAGGAGUUUAAGGAUUUGGUGUGGAACAUUAUGGCUGAAGCUGGUAAACCAAAUUUGGCAGACUAUUUCCCGUUACUACAGAGAAUUGAUCCACAGGGUAUAAGGCACCGCAUGACAAAACAUUUUACUGAGGUUCUUCAACUUAUGAGUGGUUUAAUUGAUGAGCGGCUAAAGGAAAGGAAAAUGAGAAACCAUGCAAAUGUUGAUGUUUUAGAUGCCCUUCUCAACAUUAGCCAGGAUAGCCCUGAAGAAAUUGACAGGAAUCACAUCAAGCAAAUGUGUCUGGACUUGUUUGCAGCAGGGACCGAUACUACAUCAAAUACAUUGGAGUGGGCGAUGGCUGAACUACUUAAGAAUCCACACACUUUGGAGAAAGCACAAGAAGAACUUGCUCAAGUAAUUGGUAGAGGCAAGUUAAUAGAAGAAGAUGAUGUUGCACAGCUACCUUACUUGCGAUGCAUUGUGAAAGAAACUUUACGAAUACACCCACCGGUUCCAUUCUUAAUUCCCCGCAAAGUGGAGGAAGAUGUUGAACUUUGUGGAUAUAUUGUUCCAAAAGACUCACAAGUUCUAGUGAAUGUAUGGGCAAUUGGGCGCGACUUUGGUCUAUGGGAAAACCCUUUGGACUUUAAGCCUGAGAGAUUUUGGGAGUCAGAAAUAGACGUUCGAGGUCGGGAUUUUGAACUUAUUCCAUUUGGUGCUGGUAGAAGAAUUUGCCCUGGAUUGCCCUUGGCUAUCAGAAUGGUUCCAGUAGUACUAGGUUCAUUGCUAAAUACAUUCAAUUGGAAGCUACAUGGUGGAAUUGCACCUAAAGAUUUGGACAUGGAGGAAAAGUUUGGCAUUACCUUGGCAAAAGCUCAACCUCUGCUAACAGUCCCAAUCCCACUGUAGCAACACGGAUAUAAGGUGGAAUUAAUGAAGAGUAAAUAUGUUUGCUUGUUGAGCAUUUGAAACCGCUGAUCAUCAAAUGAGGGACAAGCAAACAUCUCUCUUUACUUUUGGGAGAUUUACAAGUAGAUAAAAUUUAUUUUCAAUAGCCUCGUACUUUCUCUUUUUUCCACCUUACUUGUUUACACGAUGGUGAACUAGUCUAAUUUCUAACAUUUUGAAUGUUACUUCCUAGUGUUGUAAUUACAUGGACACAUAACAGCAUAUUAGAUAAGUGUAUCAAAACUUUUAUGAACCAAAUAUGUCGGGCUCAUGCUCAGGGGCGACACUCAUCUAGUAAUAAAAUAAGAUUGGUAAAGCAAA